AUGUAAGAAGCAAGAUAACUAUUAAUAUCUAAAAACUAUGAUGAAGCUUUUACAAAAUAUAAUUAAUUACUUAAUGAGGAUAUAGAUAAUAGUAAUAAAUCAAUAUGCGCUUUGAAUUGUGGGAUAUGUCUCAUAAAUAAAUAAACUUAUGAAUAAGCUCUUCAAUUCAUUGAAAAAUCUAUAACUUAUAAUCCUAAAUAUGUCAAGGCUUAUUAUCGAAAAGCAUAAGUUUUGAUUUAAUUAAAAUAAUAUGAGGAAGCUUUAUAAAUAAUAUAAAAUUUAGAACCAUGUUAAGAAGUUAAUGAAUUAAAAGAGCUUGUUAAACUUUAAUUUAGUGAUCCUAUGUAUGUAAUAGAUGAUUUAAAGAAUUGUGCAACUGAAAAAGAUGCUAUCAAAUUCUUUAAUGAAUUGUAUAGUAAAUAAGAUUACAUAAAUUAUGAUAAAUUAAUGAAGGAAAAUGGAUUUUGUUAAUAAAUUCUAAGUUAAAAAUUCAUAUUCUAAUAAAUGAAAUAUGUUUAAUAUUCAUUUAUCAAAUCUUAGAUGUAGUUUAUACCAAAAUGGUUACAGAAUUAUUUAAUAACUAAUUUUGAAUUCUAUUGUAAAUCUGAAUAAGCUUCUAAAGUUUAUGAAUUAAUUAAUAUAUAUUGUUCCUUAUUUUCUCAUUUUCAAGUAAAUUAGUAAGUUUUAGAUUUAAUUAUAUAAAAUCAACAUUUCUUUUUAGAGAAAUACUUAAAAUGCACUGUUUAAUUAUUUGUUUAAAAUUAAAAUGUUAUUGUUGAUAUAGAAUUCAUAGAAAAAGUGGCUUAUAAAGCUAAAAAAUUAGAAGAGUUUGAUACAAAUACUGAAAUGUAUUAUCUUAUAGUUGAUCUUAUUAUAUUACUUACAAAACCUAAAUUAAUACACUUUGGUUAUUUAAAAAGGGACACUUUUAGAUAUCAAGAUUUAUUGAUUUUAAUAGGAAUCAUAAGCAAUAAUUAAUUGGAAUCAAUUAGACAAAUUUAUACUAAUUUAGCAAUAAAGUUAUUAAAUACAAUUGAGAAAAAGUUAAAUAAAUUAAGAUAUAUAAACUUAAUAAAUUAGAUACUCAUGAUGACAUUAAAUCAUUUUGAAUUUAAUUAAGAAAUAAAUGAUAAUUCUGUAAAAUUAUCUGAAAAAUUAUUAGAUUAUAUAUAAGAAUAUAGAAAAAGUAAAUAGUUUAAUUAAAAUAUAAAAAAGUUCUGUUUGUUAUUUUUACUUUAAAGUAAAGGUAAAUAUUUGUAAUUAUAUGAAUAUAUUUACAAAGCAGAUUGUGAAAUUUUAUUGGAACAUAUUUUUGAAGAUAAUAAUAUUGAAAUUGAUGAAUCUAUUGUAUUAUUACAAUUUAUUACAUAAUUUGAUGAUAUUAAGAUUAUGAUAAUGUAAAAGAGAGAAUAACUUAAAAAGAUUUAUAAUAAUAUUAACAAUCAAUUUAAGUUGGAAGGUAAAACAUCACUUUAGAAAUUAAGAUAAUAUUAAAUUUUAGUAGGAUACUUUAAUAUAUUAUUAUAAUUGAGUACAGAUAGAUCUGCUGAAUCAAAGGAGGAAUAGAAAUAGAGAUUUCAGAUUAGUGAUGAAGAAUAUGAAUAAAAUCGUAAUUUUGCUAAAUAGUAUUAAUAAGACAUUUCUGAAAAAUAUUUUACUUAUACAAAUGAAUACAUAAAAAAAGAAUAAAUUAUAAAAUUCAUAGCUCUUGAAAUGAGAACAAUUUAAUUACUAUCUUCAUUUAUAUUUUAAUAUUAAGAUAUACUUAAUAAUGAAAAUGUUGUAUCAAAAUUACUUACUUAAUUUAGUUCUGAUGAUUAAGUUCAUUAAUAUUUAUUUGAUAAAUAAUGUUUGAAAUUAGUAUCAAAAUCUAUUUUAUCAAAGAAUUAAUUUGGAAUUCCUUAUUUAUGUAAAUAAAUGAGAAAUGCAAAUCCUGAAUUAUUUGAUUUUAAGGAAGCAUAAUUAAUAUGUGAUGCAUUAUUUGUUUGUGCUUAGAGUGCAACUCAUGAAUUACUGACAUUUUAUGCAUUAUUGGGAAUAGUAUAAUUAACUUCAUUAGGUGAUUUUAUUGUAGAUAGAAUUAUGGAUUAAAAACAAUAUUUAUAAAUAUAAAAUUUCUUAAUGGAUGAAAAUAAUUAUAUAGUUCAUGCAAGUCUUGAGAUUUUUAACAAUAUAUCUUUAAAUGAAAAAUUCUUAGUACUUUUAGAGGAAAACUAAUUACCUACAUUCCUUCAAUUAGUAUAAGCUUUAACUAAAUAAUUCUAUGAAAAUAUUGAAGGUAAACCAGAAUAGAAUUAAAAAGACUUUAGUCAUCCUAAGUAAAUAUUAUAAACAUUAUUGGGAUUGAUUUCAAUUAUUUCAUAAGUGUUGAUUGUUUAAGAUUAUUUUAAAAAGGAAUUACCUUUACUUGUAGAUAGAGAGUUUUAUAAUAGAAUCAUACCUUUUUCAAAUGAAAAUCAAAUAAAAAAAGUAAUAAUUUUAAAUUAUUGAUAGAUUAAGAUAGUUUGGGAAGAAUAUGAAUAUAAACAUCAUUGA